AACUUCUGACCCCGGAAACACUUCGCCAUAUUAUUGUCGCGACGGCAGAAAAUGCGCUACUGCGGGUACUUUAUCUGUUCCCAGAUUGAUGUGAAAAGAAACAGAUUCUCUUUCCGCUAUGCCAUGUACCUAAUAAUGGGAGUCCGCGUAACGUGAAAAUAGCAUUCAACAGCCUUUAAAAGUAUACGUCGGCGCCGCCUAGCUAAAUACAGUUUUGGUCCUGUAUUAGCCAAGAAGCUAAGUAGCAACAGGCUAAACCAACUGUCAGUCGUGAACCAGCAUAAACGGUGGGGGAAGUCUUUUCUCUUUUAUCCAGAUUUUGACUUCAACGGGAAUCAUUCGACACGGUCUGACCCGUGAAGAAGCUAUAGGCAGGUAGGAAGGUGCCACGACGAGGUCAGCUCAUAAACCGCGUCCCGCACGGUUGCCGUUAGCAGAAACAGUCGGAACGGGAGAUUUGUUUAAUUAAAUGUAAAACUUUGAAGAACCUUCUCCAGCGGUUUUGGGGACACGGGUCUCGUCAACAUGGAUGUCAGCAUCGCCGUAUCGCUGAUUCGAGGCCAGAUGGGCACCGUGGUUGAGCGUGCCGUGAAUGGAGCGGUGGAGACGGUGCUGGCUGAGAUGCUCAAAGUGGUGGGAGUCAAAUUUGAGGAGCUGAAAGCCCAAGUGGCGCUGAUGAAGAGGGACAUCACGGCACUGCAGAGGGAGAAGGCCCUAAAAGAGAAGGAGAAUGACAGUAUUCGAGCCAAGCUGCGCUACACCGAGCUGAAGCUGAAGUACUACAGGCAGGGGGUGGAGGAGGAACUGCAGCAGAGAGCCUCUGCUUCCACUCUGGUCCGCAUCCAACCGUCCACCUUCCCCCAAACACAGAGAGGUGGUGCAGGCCUUUCCCCCACUGAGACCUUGCCAUCGUGCUCGACUCAGACCAGGGCAGCUGAGGGAGCACUGACCAGAAGCAAUCAAGAGUGCACCUCUCUACAGAGCACAAGCACGCGUGCCAUCAGAGUGCGCUGUCAUUCAGAUGUGGGAGUUGCCAGCUCCGACUCGUCUGACCUGCUGCUGCCUGUGUCACUUUCUGUGACCACACCUGCAGAUGCCCUGGACAGCAGCACAGUUUUGUUCUGUCCCUCGGAGCGAGACACAGUCGAGAGCGUCAACACUGCUGUGGCCCCUCCUUCCGUCCAGGCCCUGACUCUGGAUCCAGGGCAGCAGUUAGCGGCUGGCCCGCUGUCCCCAGAUGGUUCCAACCAGGCUGAUAGCUCCACGCUGCCCUCCACUGCUCCACAGGUGAAGCAGGAACCCCAGCAGCCGCAGCCGCCGGAGGAGGAGGAGGAGGAGGAGGUGAUCUGUAUCAAGGAGGAGCCAGAGGAAGAGCAGGACGUGAUGGCCACCUUACUGUUUGACUGCCAGGUGCAGCAGGGUCCUCUUUCAGAGUCAGAGGCUCAGAGUUCAAUGACAGAGUGGUCCGGACGUCCACCAAGCCAGAGGAACCACGCUACAGCCCUCAGCUCAGCUGGACCAAGCAGCUACCUGAUGCUUCAGCCGGCGGCGUCCCUGCCGUCGACGGCGGCCCUGGCAUCCGGCAUCCCACCUCGCCAGGCAGCGCGACCCUGGGCCAAAGACCUCAGCCUCUAUGAAGAGUACAAACUGCGCAGGAACGAGCUCCGCCGGCGAAGCCUCAACAGGCGCAGAGAGCUGGAGAAAACGCUGCCUCAGCCGCUGCUGGCUGAUCUGGUGCGAGAGCGUCGAGAGAAGACCAGGCUGAGGGUGGCCAGAUGGAGGGCGAAAAGGAAACUCCAGGCCUGUCUGAACCAGGCUCAGGCUCAAAGUGGCACUGCAGGUCUUUCUCAAACCGGUUUUCCCAUCAGCAGCCAGAAUCAGGAGCUCAGAGCAUCUUGCGCUUCCACCUCCAUUAGCCAGCAGAGACAGAGCUCCACGCUGCCUCAGUCCAGCAGCUUCCUCAGCAACAGCAGCAUUUCUGCCACUCUUCCCUUCAUAACCUCCACCACCUCUUCUUCCCUGCUCCUGAGAGGCCCCAGCAUGGCCGCACAUCAGCACACUGUGACGUCAUCCUCCUCCUCGUCCUACCCCAAGGUCAGCCUGUCACAGCAGAGUAUUUCUCUGACGGACGCAGAUAUCUCACAGUGAGGCGUGUGAGAUCAGAACUCUGACGGCGCAAUGAGAUUUGAAGAAUGAAUUAUUGUCAAAUGGUCGAUGUUCAAGAGGAGUCAGAACUCACCUGCAGGAUGUAGUCAGCACCGGAGUGGUGAUACAGUCCAGUGUUAAUUUUGUCAAUGAAAACUAUGAUGAAAAAUAUUCUUUUAUGGACAAACAUAAGUUUAAAACUAAAUUAAACACAGCAUUCGAAAUUGCUGUGCAAAACUCACGCUGCAGCCUUAUUCCUGAUUUAACAGUUUCUGCUGCGCCCGGAAAUAUCAGUUUGGCCUGUUGCUCUGCUGUUAAGAAGCAUCUUGCAUUCUGUCUCUGGCAGUAAUGUUAUCUGAUGUUAAUGAAAGAAACAGAUUAUGGACUACAUUCAUCCACAAUCCACUGAGAAUUAAACAAGAAGCAUGUGAAUGCAACAAAACAGCCAGGACAACUUACGGAAAUGUGCAGGCCAGCUUUUAUAAAAAGGGAAGCUAACGUUAACUUUCUUUUAGUCUGGUAUCUUCCCUGUUGCUCUCAGACGAGAUGAGUAAAUUCCAGGAUUAAUGUCAGCAGUCAACUAUCUGUAUCUUCCUCCAGAUGCCUGCUACUGUGUCAGCCAACAUUUUAGCUUCUCCUCUCAACCUCAACCCGGACAAUGAACAGCGGUAAUGCUAGCUGAGCGGUUCUAAUGAUAAGUGGAUUAAAUGGAUGUGGGAACAAAAACAGUGCCCUUUCCACUAACCUCCUGAUAGACAAGACACCUGCAAGACCUGUACCCGCUAAAAUGAAUACUGAUCCAGCCACCUUAGCCCUACCCACACAGUAUGUACAGACAAGAGAAAAUCAGACCAUGUCGCUGCUGUUAUAUACUUGUGAAAAAUCUUUUACUCUCGUUUUACAUCAUUACACAUAACAUCCAGUAUCAGCAGACCAAAACAGUCACUGUAAACUCAUGAAAUGUCAUGUAUUUAAAUAUGUAUACUGUAAGUUUGUUGUAUUUUACAAUGUAAAUAAUGUGGGAGAUUGUAAUGUGUACUAGACGCACACUUCUAAGUGGCCUGAUGAGGACACAAAGAAAUUACAGAAGUAUUAUUUUCUCUCUCUGGGGAAACUGUCUGUGACAGACGCAGACUCGUUUACCACAAACAUGUCAAGGCUGCUAACAAGAAAAAGAUGUUCAGUUUUUAGACUAAACAGGAGAUUGACGAUUACCACAUGAAAAUCAGAAGACUGACACUUUGUUCGGUUAUAAUAAAUGCAGCUAAAAUGUGCACUGUGUCGAACUCUUCCUUAACAGAUCGUAUGUAUUAUGAGGAUAGAUUUUUAAAAAUCAAACUUUCCUAUUAAAACACUCGGAAAACCUUA